AUUUGUGUACAGGUUUAGAAAUAGAUUAUACAUCAAAAUAAACCAUCGAUAUUCACACAAAAACGGGUGUAAAUUUUAAGUAAUGCUGAUGUAAAUAUUCUGUGUUAAUAAUGUAUUUCUGUUCAUUGGAAUUUAAUGUGUUUACAUGUGAAAAAAGACUAAUGAUUACUUGAGAGCCGGGGACCAUGCUUGAAACUACACAUCACUGGUUGCCCAUCAUAAUUGCAUUAUAUGCACCCUUGUCUUUCAUUAUUACAUACUCAAUAGCCGUUGAGAACAAACAUGUUGAGCCCGGCUUCCCAUAUAUCAGUUAUACUGGAACGAGACCUCCAGAAAGUUGUGUGCUCGGUCAGUUGCUCAACAUUGGUGCUCUUUUAGCGGGCGUUAUAAUUUACACAAGAUAUCGUCAAAGUCGGUUCCAUUUUGAGAACAGCGAGAACAUCCAGAACAGCCAGAACAGCAAAAACAGAGAGAACAGCGCAAGAAAAUAUUUAUUGCAUUUAAACACUGCCGCUUUCAUUACUGGGCUCCUUACAAUAUUUGGUGUAAGCUUAGUCGGGAAUUUCCAGUCAACAAAUAUUUGGGAAGUCCAUCUACUUGGUGCUUUUUUGGCGUUUGGUGUGGGUUUUGUUUACAUGAUACUGCAGACAAUCAUUUCUUGCAAGUCGGUCUCUUUUAAAAUUCCCGGAAAUUCUCUUUACAUCAGAGGGUUUCGGAUUGCUUUGUGUGUCGCUGAUUUUGUGUUACUCAUUAUCUGUGGAAUAGCGGCUCUUCUAUCCACAUCAAAGGGUCCUGGUCCUGGUAAAUCCACACUACACUGGUCGUCGGAUGAACCUGGAUAUGCGGAACAUCUGGUAGCAUCAAUAUCGCAAUGGUUGGUAGCGUUCACCACAGUGAUUUAUUUUGCUACGUUCUACGAGGAAUUCAAACAUUUCCACAUGAAACCACCGGAAGUCAGCUACAUCGAACCACCGAGAUCAGACUGGUGCCCGUGUUCAUUCUCUAUGUUUCAUAAAUGUAGACAGGAAAUCCAUUCGGCCGGGAACGACUAAGAUAAUUGAUAAAUAGACAGAUAAUCACGUGACGUAAAAUAAUCUUCAGAGGGCAUAACUUUGUAGAACUGACCACUUGAUCCAUUAAGAUAGGGGAGCCAUAACGACAAUCGGCAAAUUACGUAUUCUCCAUGUGCUAUUUCGGCAUUCUCCGUAUUUUACGGAUGGCAGUGGGCGUAUUCAGAUACAAUAGUACUAAAUAGGUAACCAAGCAGCAGUUCCGGACUAAUCGGUUAAUGGCGGAAGAAAAAUUCCUCAAUUUUUCCAAGUUAAAGUGGCAUUUUCAUGUUUUAUGUCAGUCAGUUCCUGUUUUCAUUUAAUUGUGGACCUAUACUUAAUAUUUUGGUAGGAUUUUCAAGAAGAUACUUUUUAUAGAAAUGUAAAUGAGCCGUGCCAUGAGAAAACCAACAUAGUGGGUGUGCGACCAGCAUGGA